AUGUCCAACGCACGGGAAGCUGGUAGCUGGUGGAGUCAGAUGUUUAACAACACUGGGUACCAGGAGCUGCCCACGACGACAGUAAAGGACAAGGCCGAAACAACCUCUCAGUAUACGCCAAGGAGAUGUGUUCGCCUGUCGACUCGGGGAAUAUUCCUUGUGCUCGCUGCUAUUCUGCUUGUCCCUACAUUCUUGGCUCUUGCGGCGCUUGAGGGCCGGCAAUACCUCUCCGAUGGAACGGGUGAUGUGUUUGAAGUGACCGAGGGCCAGGUAGCUGCACCGAAAGCUACUCCCGGAGUCGUUCCUGACCUUGUCCAGGGUUCAUCACCAGCUGCUGAUGUUGUCCCUGAUAUCCCUGAGGAUCCUCUGGAUAUGCCCGAUUCUCCAGAUGUUCUUGAUCACUCUGACGUUCCUGUCGAUCCGGAAGCCCCUGCUAUCCCUUCAAGCCCGGAGGACCCCGAUGCCGCGACUGUCCUGGAUGCUGAGACCGCGCCGGAUGCCGUGGAUGACCUUGAUGCCCCCGAAGCUCCUGAAGUUCCCGUCUUUCCCGUCAUGGCCAAGCCUCCCAAGAUGCCGCAACAAGUCUCCAAUCGUCGCCUCGUUAUUCUCCUCCCCGCUAACGCCCCCGGUGUUAAUCUCUGUAAGGCCAUGGUUACGGCUAUAGCCCUCGGAUAUCCCACACCCAUCAUCCUCAACUGGGGUAAGAGCGGUUCCCAUCUCGCCAAAAUUGCCGGUGUUCUCGACUACCUUGACUGGAGCGUGCGUCUCAAGUCGAACCACAAGGAUCGCUUGAACGCAGACGAUCUUAUCAUGGUAGCUGAUAGUUCCGAUUCCUGGUUCCAACUUCCUCCCAGUGUUCUCAUUCAGCGCUACCACGAUCUCAAUGCUCAGGCCGACGAGCGUCUACAGAAGCAAUGGACUGGCUCCGGCCCCUGCCCCAUGAAGCAGACCAUCAUGGUAUCCACACAGAAGAGGUGCUGGCCUAGCCCUCCUUCUGGAUCUGAGCUUCACUGCGAUGAGCUUCCAGAGAGUCCUCUUCGUGAGGACCUUUACGGACCUGACACAGAUGCUGAUCCAGAGAUGCGCAUGGUCGAUGUCCGUCCCAAGUACAUCAACAGUGGAGCCUUCAUCGGCCCUGUCGGCGACAUGCGACGAUACUUUCGACGCGCUCAGAAUCGUUACACGGAUAAAAAGGCCCUCCAAGGAAACCACUUUUACAGUGACCAAGGUUUCUUCGGUGAGAUCUGGGGAGAGCAAGAAGUUUGGCGCACGUGGAGGCGAGAAAUCGGUGACAACAUUGACGGUAACCUGAAUGCCUCUGCUAUGGUGCGUGACCAGUUCGAGUACCAUGUCGGCCUGGAUUACUACCAAACCAUCUCCAUCCCUACUGUGUUUGAGGAAGAUGACGGUGAUAUCGUCUCGCUCAACAACCAAACUAUGAUCGCUGCGCGAUCCGCAGAACUUGAAAUCGAACCUGUUCGUCUCACUCAGGUUCCUCCCGAGAUUGCCAACGCCACGAACCCCAUCGGUCGCGUUGUAAGUGCGGAACAGCGCCGCAGUCUUGACUGGGGUGACAUGAACGUCUACGCCGAUUUCUUCACCACUGCCAUCCCCGUCAACAUCCAUCACAAUGCGCACAUCAACAACCUCAAGGGCCGUCGCAUCUGGUGGUGGCCCCGCAUGUGGUUCUUCCCCUAUCUGCGUGAUCUUGUCACGGCACAGCUCAAGCAGCGCCGGCAACAACCUCUCCACAGAAUACAAACUCCUGAGGACGGCAAGAUUGUUUACUGGGGUCUUGAGAAGUACAAGGAGAUCAGGCGGUUUAUGGAUCUCCGGAAAGAGUUGGUGACUUCGGAUUUCGAUGGCAUUUGCAUGUCGAAAUGGGCCAAGAAGGAGAAGCAAAACUGGUGGGAUGUUGUGUUUAUGGAUGAUAGAGGAGCAUGGGAACUAUGA